AUGUCCACAUUUGGAAGCAGCGGCAAAAGUUCUCUAGUUCCAGUAGCAGUUAUACCAGAACCAGUUAUACCAGAACUAGUUAUACCAGAACCAGUUAUAUCAGAACCAGUUAUACCAGAACCAGUUAUACCAGAACAAGUUAUAUCAGAACCAGUUAUACGAGAACUAGUUAUACCAGAACUAGUUAUACCAGACCCAGUUAUACCAGAACUAGUUAUACCAGAACUAGUUAUACCAGAACUAGUUAUAUCAGAACCAGUUAUAUCAGAACCAGUUAUAUCAGAACCAGUUAUAUCAGAACCAGUUAUACCAGAACCAGUUAUAUCAGAACCAGUUAUACCAGAACCAGUUAUAUCAGAACCAGUUAUACCAGAACCAGUUAUAUCAGAACCAGUUAUACCAGAACCAGUUAUAUCAGAACCAGUUAUACCAGAACCAGUUAUAUCAGAACCAGUUAUACCAGAACCAGUUAUAUCAGAACCAGUUAUACCAGAACCAGUUAUAUCAGAACCAGUUAUACCAGAACCAGUUAUACGAGAAUCUGUUAUACCAGAACCAGUUAUACGAGAAUCUGUUAUACCAGAACCAGUUAUAUCAGAACUAGUUAUACCAGACCCAGUUAUACCAGAACCAGUAAUAUCAGAACCAGUUAUACGAGAAUCUGUUAUACCAGAACCAAUUAUAUCAGAACCAGUUAUAUCAGAACCAGUUAUACCAGAACUAGUUAUAUCAGAACCAGUUAUACGAGAAUCUGUUAAACCAGAACCAGUUAUAUCAGAACUAGUUAUACCAGACCCAGUUAUACCAGAACCAGUUAUACCAGAACCAGUUAUAUCAGAACCAGUUAUACGAGAAUCUGUUAUACCAGAACCAAUUAUAUCAGAACCAGUUAUACCAGAACCAGUUAUACGAGAAUCUGUUAUACCAGAACCAGUUAUAUCAGAACUAGUUAUAUCAGAACUAGUUAUACCAGAACCAGUUAUAUCAGAACCAGUUAUACGAGAAUCUGUUAUACCAGAACCAAUUAUAUCAGAACCAGUUAUAUCAGAACCAGUUAUACCAGAACUAGUUAUAUCAGAACCAGUUAUACCAGAACCAAUUAUACCAGAACCAGUUAUAUCAGAACCAGUUAUAUCAGAACUAGUUAUAUCAGAACCAGUUAUAUCAGAAUCUGUUAUACCAGAACCAGUUAUACCAGAACCAGUUAUACCAGAACCAGUUAUACCAGAACCAGUUAUACCAGAACCAGUUAUAUCAGAACCAGUUAUAUCAGAACCAGUUAUACGAGAAUCUGUUAUACCAGAACCAGUUAUACCAGAACCAAUUAUAUCAGAACCAGUUAUAUCAGAACCAGUUAUAUCAGAACCAGUUAUACCAGAACUAAUUAUACCAGAACCAGUUAUACUAGAACCACACGCUAUCUUGGGGCUGAAAUAG